AUCACUAAGACCGACAUCGAUAACUGAGCAGAGUCUUAGGGAAAAUAUACACAGCGAAAAGCAAAGUGCGAGUCAGUGCGUUUUCCUGGUCAUUGAACAGCCGUAUCCAAAGUAGAAUUCCCAUGUCCGGCUCCGGUCUCGACGAGAAUCCCUUCGGGGAGCCCAAUCUGGACAAUCCGUUUGCGGACCCCGCCAUCCAGCAGGCACGACGACUCCAGAGCGGCGCCGCCCUUGUCUCUCUUGAGGAUUACAAUCCGUUCGAGGAGCAGGCCAAGCCGCAGCUGCAGAUCAACUCAACGAACACGGCGGCGGUGGUCCAGCCGCUGUCCCAGAACAUUCCGCCCCCGCAGACCAGUUCCCUGGGCGCCUCGGCGCCUAGCACCAGCAUACAGAUCACAUCGGAGGAGCUGCAGCGCCGGCAGGAGGAGUUGGAUCGCAAGGCCGCCGAGCUGGACCGCCGCGAGCAGCAGCUGCAGGGCAAUGUGCCGCAGCUGAACAACUGGCCACCGCUGCCGGAUAACUUCUGUGUUAAGCCGUGCUUCUACCAGGACUUCGAGGUGGAGAUACCGCCCGAGUUCCAGAAACUGGUCAAGCGAUUGUACUACAUUUGGAUUUUUUACACCAUGACGUUGUUGGCCAACGUGAUAGGCGGUCUAAUUUUGCUGUUCCACGCUGGCGAAUUCGAGACCUUCUUCCUGGCCAUCUUCUACACGAUGCUCUUCUCGCCCGCCUCCUAUGUCUGCUGGUUCCGACCGGCGUACAAGGCAUUCCGCAACGAUUCGAGCUUCAACUUCAUGGUCUUCUUCUUUAUCUACUUCUUUCAAACGCUGUACUCCAUUGUGCAGGCGGUGGGCUUCAACCAGAUGGGCUACUGUGGCUUUAUUACGGCCAUCAAGCAGUUCGAUGGCAAAGCGUCGGGUAUUAUCGUCGGCAUUCUGCUGCUGAACGUGGCAUUCUGUUUCACAGCGGUGGCCGUGGCCAAUGUGCUGAUGAUCACCAAGAUUCACUCGAUCUACCGCAGCACAGGGGCCAGUAUGGCCAAGGCCCAGGCGGAGUUCACCACCGAGUUUCUGCGCAACCAGCACGUCCAGGAGGCAGCCUCCUCGGCCGUUAAUACGGCCAUCAAUUCGCAGUUUAACAACAGCAGGUACUAAGGGCACUCUGCAUUCCGGGGAUCUGAUCAAAUCAAAAGGAGAAUCAAUCAAUCAACCACGAACUCAAGCAGCACUCAUCCUGCUAAACUGGGACAGACAAAGAUGAUGAUAGCCGCGCCAGAGAGAGGGAGAUGGAGAAGGAACACUUGAUAAACAUUGAAAUAGCUUAACACGAAAUAAAAGUAAAGAAAACAUGAAACUAAAGCUAGCAUUGGAGCAUGGAACUAAUAACUAUUUGCUUUUGUGCAUAAACAAUUCCUAGAAAGCCGUCGUCUUUAUUACAAAUAAUUACUGUAAUGAUAACACAGAAACAACACACAAUGCAUUAACAAUAUUUAUAAACGGAGCAAAACCGAACUUGGAACUAAACUGAAAGUGAAAAAAA